AUGCCCACCGCCAAGCGCCGAGAUCCAAACGCGAGGCUCGGCAUGCCGCCAAAAAGUCAAAACAGGAGUGGAGGCGACAUGCGCCGCUUCGUCAAGUCCAAGGACGUCGAGAAGAAGCCCCAGGCCUGGGCCGUGGGGCUGGACAAGUGGACCUUGUCCUUUUCCAAUUCGGCACUUGACGGUGAGUGGAGGCGCCUCGUCGCGGGCCGUUCCAGAGCGCUGUGGCUCCGAUCGCUACUGAGCGCCACCCUAUACCAAGCCCUGCGCCACGCGGCGGACACGGCGCAGUUCGGGCCGGCGCCGCAGUGGGUCGUCGCGGUCCGAUUGGUGCUGGCGGUCACCGAAGUGCUGCUGUUCGCCGUGGCCUACUGCGACUUAUUACGACCUAGUCAGGCCGCCAUCGCGGCGAACGCGUUCUUGUACGGCAUCGUGGAGCUGGCGUUGGUCGUUGAUAGAUUGAGGCCGCGCGUCGCUCCCGGGGAUUGGCUGCACGUCCGCGACGCAGCGUCCUCGAAGCUGACGCCAUCGACGCGCCACGGCCUACCUCGCGUCGAUGGCGUGGGGGCUGGCGCUCGCGACGCGCGCGCCUCACGCACGAACCACACAGGUCACGUACGGCCUGGCCUGGUUCAUCGUGCCCAAGAUGUCCGCUUUACAAUUCUUUCCCGCGUGUUUAGGGUCCUGUGCGAUUGUCGGCUGGUGGUCCUUGCUUUCUCUUGCGACGAUGGCUACUCCCCCGGAAGGCGCGAGGUACGGUGUGGGAGGUGAUUUAUGGAGGUUGCUACGGAGGUGGGCGCCCUUCGCGACACCCGUACGUAUCCAAGAGUGCACGGGCGUCGACUGCGUCCAACGAACACUAGCAGCACUUGAGGAGUCGUCGGUUGUCAGACGAACAAGCUGGCAGGACGCGUCGGCGGGCUUAGCGUUAGUAGUGCCGGUAGUGGUCCUCUUCAACGUCGUCGCCUACUCGUCCGAGAAGUCCGUCAAGGAGCGGUUCGUGCUCAGAAGUGCGCUCGCCCACGAACAUCGCCACGACGUCCGCCUGUCAUUACUAGGCGACGACGCGUCGCAGAUGCUGUCUCGCUUGCAAGAUGCGGUGAAGGCGCCUCGAUUGAGACCGCCUGAAAACCGCAAUGACAGGUUACUCUUAGCGGCGAUACCAGCGGUAUUACUUGCAGCAUCAGGCUACUUUCCCUCGAUCCCGUCCUUCACCGGUUCACUAGCUUCCUCAGCUUUUGGCGGCCCGGAUGCCGCUUGGGCCGCUUUAUCUCAUGUGUUCGGGCUGAGUUUAUUUCUACUCGUUCUGACGAAAAGAGUCAAAUUCCUACUCCUGACACCUCUCGUAGUAGCAGCUCUCUUCUACUUAGCUGCCCAAACAUUGGUGGAGACGGAUUCAAGAACAAAACUAUUCCGGUGGGCCGGGAGCGUUGUCCUCGCCGCGUUUGUGCUAGGAGCAUUUCGCGUAGCGCGACUCUUCGCGGCACUCCUCCACUUCGCUAGACGAACCUUGUUCCUCUACCCCCACCUGGAGGAAAAUCUCAAGGAACAUAGUGACGGGGAGGUCCUGGGCCGCCUUGUCGCGAAAGUCGAGCUGCCAAGGCCAAACAACCCGGGCGCGGUGCGCGGCGCGUUGGACACGACGACGCCGAACGAGGGCGAGUCCGAACAAAGUCUGUGUUCUUUAGGGUCGUACCGGUCCGAGGAGUCGUCGCAAUCUGUGUGGAAAUCAAAUUUCGGGCGCCCCACGCCAUCGACGCGACGUUGUCGCCGUGACCGCGUCGGUUCGAUGGCGUGAUUAACCUAACUCACUGGCUGAUUUCCACACAGGUCGCAAUCGAUUGGGCCGCUACCCGUGCUCCCGCUGGGAUCGCAUGAUAGAGCCUGCGCUUUUUGUUCGCACGAUCCCGGAUCUACAAGCUGUCAAGCGACGCACGCCGUGCCCGUGUGCGGCGCGUGGGCGUCCUGGUACCUAUGGAGAGCGGAGCGGGCGAAAAAAAUGGAUAGGGCGCGGAACGAGGUCUCGUCUCCCGUUGACGAGGGGCCCUCCCUGAGGCCGUGCUGCGACUUCGCGACGCUGGCGCUUGAACGAAGUGCGCUGCAGCGCGAGAACGCGUCGCUGCGCGCGCAGAUCGCCUCUCUGAGAGCCCGCGAGCGGUCGCCGCCCUCUUCGCCUCCUGAACCUCAGCGGCCGCUCGAGUAAGUGGUUGCUGCCGUGUCUAGACGUCUAGUCCUCCCCGCCGCGCCUGGCACUUUGAGGUUGGCUCUCUUGCCCAGACUCGGGCCAGAGUCUUGGUCUCGCCGACGUUCUCCGCCCCAGAACGUUGCCCAGACCCCCUGCAAUUUGCUUUUGAGGUUGUCUCGCCGACGCUCUCGUUCCCCAGAAGCUGCCCAAACGCUGCCAAAGA